AUGUUGGGAUUGUUAUGUUUUGGUGCGUGUGCCAUCGGCCAGGCAAUCCUGGUAGGCGAUGGCUCUACUCCGUAUAAGAACAGCUACUACGUUCCCUGCACGGAGGAUCAGUCAGAUUGCGUGAAGGACAGGUGUGUCGCAUUCGGCCGGGGCGCAACACUCUGCACCGAGUGCCAAUCUGGGAAGGUACCGAUCAAUGGCAGAUGCGUAGGACCCGACGAUCCAGACUCACUUCUAGACUCGAGCGUCUGCACUUCGGAAAACGGCAGCAGCGGCGGACAACGCUGCAAGGCGUGUAGAGACCAGAACGAGGACGCUAGUGAGGACACAGACAUCUUCCUCUUCUACGGGGGCUGCUACAGCAAGAGCGAGUGGCCGGGCUCGCACAUCUGCAGGACCGCCUCAGGUGGGGCGUGCAGCGUCUGCGAGACAGAGCAUGGGUAUGUCUUCAUGAACACGGGGCAGAGCGCCGCCGAAAAGUGUAUUCUGUGCGGCGACACGGCCGGCUUCGGCAGCAGCGUCGGAAUAGACGGCUGUGCGGUCUGUGUCCCUCUGUCGCAGGAGUCCGUGUCAAGUAGUCCAGCAAGCGCUAUCCAGUGCACUGCCUGCUCCGCUAACGACAAGGCCCCGAUUGACGGCCGAUGCACGGAUGUCGGCGCCAAUAGGUGCGCGAAUGGGUACUGCACUCACUGCGCGGCUGAUUACGUCUAUCAUCGAGGGGGCUGCUAUAGCAAGAACGGGGUGGGAAACAAGGUCUGUGCGGAAGGCGAUCUCUUCGAGAUAGCCGGCUACUCGGCCUGUAAGAAGUGCGUCAACUCCAGCGAGGUCCCGCACAACGGGAAUUGCGGGCCGAUCGACGAGCUGUAUAACUGUAAAAAGGACGCCUCCGGUGGAAUGUGUGCGGCCUGCAACCAGGGCUUCCCCGGCCGCACGGUCUUCCUGUACGAGGGCGGUUGCUACAACACCACCGACCCCGUCGGAGGGACCGUGUGCACAGAAGCCUUCAACGGCAGGUGCACUUCUUGUAACGAAGCGCAGGGAUACUAUAAGAAGGACCUGGGAUGCGAUUCGUGCGCCGCUGUGAUCGCCGACUGUGCCAGCUGCGUCCCCCGCUCUGGCACGUCCGACAUACCCAUCUGUGUCGGAUGCAGGAACGGCAAGUAUGCAGCCGUAGGCGGGGCCUCUUGCGACGCCUCGUGCUCUCAGCCGACGACGCCCACCUGCACGGACGGGCUCUGUCGCUGCAGCUGCGGGGUAGGGUCUUACCUCAGCACCACCACCAACAGCUGCACCCCCUGCGACCCGGCCUGCGCAGACUGCAUGAGCCCCGGCGCCGACGGGUGCGUGUCGUGCGCCCCGGGCCGUUACAUUAGGUACGGCGACUCCGGCAGAUCCUGCGUGGAGCCCUCUGAGUGCGGCGACGGGUACUACGCGAACAGCGACAGUUACACCUGCACCCCGUGCGGCAUCGACGCAUGCAAGGCCUGUAGCAAGAGCGGCAACGGAAUCAAGUGCACGGCGUGCUCCUCCGGGUACCUCUCCGCCGACGGAUCCUCGUGCUCUUCUGAGUGCAACGGGCCCAACCAAGUAAAGAACGGCAGCGACAACUGUGUCUGCGUGGGUGGGUACACCCUGAGAGAUGGCGUUUGCGUUCUCCAGGCCAGGAGGGCCAGCUCCGUGCCGAUUGCUGUGGGGGUCGCCGCCUCUGUCGUCGGGAUCAUGGUCGUCGCUCUCGUCUGCUGGCUCGUUCUGCGGCGGCGGCGAGGACCGAAGAGCCUCUCGACUAUGGCGGGAUCCCGAAGGCUUGCAGGCACCGUGGACGAGUUCUAG